AUGGCCAAAAUUAGGUUGACGAAAAGAGUUAAAGCUGUUAUAGCAACAAGAAUUCUUGCUUGUAAUACUCUCUACAAUGAUGAAGGAGGUCAGAGAGCCAUUAUAUUCACUUGCUUAGUCGGGGGUGAAGGACAAGUUUAUCCUAAAGGAACACAUAUAGUUAUCCCUUGGUUGGAGAGGCCUAUCAUUUAUGAUGUUCGUGCACGUCCACAUCCACAUCCACAUCUUGUCGAGAGUACUUCAGGGAGUCGUGACCUUCAAAUGGUAUCCAAACGAUGGUUCAUUGAUCUCGAAGCUGUUCAUCUUCUGAAAAUUAUAAGUUUAGGUGAUAAUGCAUUGGAGAAGAAGAAGAAGAAGAAGAAGGUGGGGCAAAGAGUAAGAGGGCCGGAGGCACAACACGAUUCAAAUCUUUCUCAGCUGAUCAUUCUUUUGUUUACAUCAGGUGAUGGUUAA